GACCCGGAAGCUGUCGCCGGCUGCUAGCCGGCCGGCGGCUCUGUCCGCUUUGGGGUUGGAGACUGUAGUAGCCUGGGCUGCCGGAGCUUGCUGUGGCCGCUGGCCGCGGCGGGCGGAAGGAACCCCCAAUGAGUUCAUUCCCAGGGGCUCAGUCUGGGCACGCGUCCCCCGGCGGCGACGUGUGACCCGAUCUGCAGGCUGCUGCUUCGGAGUUUGUAAGUGGCCGUGGGCUGUGCGGGGCUGCGAAGAGACUCUCCGCCUGGGCCAGGAUGAAGGCCGUCAAAGUUUUCCUCAUCUCGGUCGGAAGAGGCUAGUUGAUGGGCUCUAUUGACAGAAGCGAGCGGGAGAAGCAGAGCCUUCUCUGUCGCUUCGCAGUGCCAGCAGUAUCAAGCGUCCAGAGUUCACUCCGUAGCAUCCGGACUUGUUCUUUUCUGGGACAGGUCAUGCUCUCAUUCCUGACACCAAAAUAAAAUAGGAGGCUGUCAUCUGUGCAAACCCACCUGACCUUUCAGCCAUGAAGGCACAAACAGUGUCCCCUACCCAGGGGACUAUCUCUGAGUCCAGUUAUGUCUACAGCAAUCUAUGGAGUAGCCGGAAACUAAUGGUCUUGGGGGUCUUGCUGGGCUGGCUAUUGGUCAUCCACCUUCUGGUCAACAUGUGGCUUCUGAUCCUUCUGUGCGCAUCAUUGGUAGUGCUGGGAGGAUGGCUGGGCUCCACGGCCAUCGUAGGGGUUUCAGGUCAAUUGCACUUGGAACGAUUCAUUACAAUCACCACCUGUCCUCCUUGUCCCGAGGCAGAAAGGCAGCUGGAACAGGAGAUUAACCGUACCAUCCAGAUGAUUAUCCGAGACUUCGUGUUAUCUUGGUAUCGUUCAGUGAGCCAUGAGCCAGCAUUCGAGGUAGAGAUGGAGGCAGCUAUGAAAGGGUUGGUGCAGGAGCUUCGAAGGCGGAUGAGCAUAGUGGACAGCCAUGCUCUUACCCAGAGGGUUCUGACUCUCUGUGGUUGUCACCUGCAGAGCUAUAUUCAGGCAAAGGAGGCUACUGCCAAGGAGCAGAGCUGUCCAGUUCAGCCCUCCCAGCUGUGGGAUGCUUACAGCCAGGUUACUACUCCCCAUCCUGCCACGAGCUGUUCUACCACGGAGGUCACUUAUGCACGUGGCAUUGUGAAUUUGAUACUAAAAGAGUUAGUGCCCAAGCCCCACCUGGAAACUAGGACUGGACGCCACGUUGUCGUUGAACUUAUUACUUGCAAUGUAAUCUUACCACUGAUCAGCAAGCUAUCAGAUCCUGACUGCAUCCACCUUAUACUUGUGAGUAUCUUUUCCAAGUACAAACACGAUGCAGCCCAGGCAGCUAAACCCCCCUGCCCACCCAGUGUCCUAGAGCAACCCUCAGUGCCCACAUCUCUGCCAUUGAUUGUUGAAGUAGAGAGCCUGCCAGUCGGAAGAGCAUCUUCUCCAGCAGCAGCCCCAGGACACUUAACCUCCAGUGAGCCAGCCCCCUCCCCAGAGAUUGAAGAAGGCCAUGAAGCUGUAGAGGGAGAUUUGCCUGGGAUGCUUGAAGAAAGAAAUAUAGGAAAUAACGCAUCCCAUUUUCUACAGCCAGAUAUCCGAGGCCCCUUGUUCUUAUGUGAAGACUCAGAACUGGAGUCCCCGCUGUCUGAACUGGGCAAAGAAACCAUCAUGCUAAUGACCCCAGGCAACUUCCUUUCAGACAGGAUUCAAGACGCUCUGUGUGCCCUAGACGAUUCGGGGGCCCUGGAGCCUAAGGAUGAUGAGGGAUCUGAAUGCACAGAAGGAGCAGAAGCUGAGGAGGCUCCAGGAACCGAAACCGAGACAGGUGUGCUGGUCUCCAUGCCUAACUGCCCAGAGAUCCAGAUUGACACAGCAGACAAGGAGGCAGAGCAAGAUGACACCUCUCUUACAUCUUCACUAGAGGAACCAGAAAAAACCUGCCCCUUGCGGCCUUCAUGCUUAGACAAAGAUCUCACCAGUGGCAUGUGCUCCCUUGAGCCUGCUGUGCCUCCAGUGCCACUUUCCUCCUCUCCACCUGGUCCUGUCAGCUCAGCCACCUUCAGCUUUGAGUCCCUGAGCAGUCCAGAUGGCCCAGUUGUAAUCCAGAACCUUCGAAUCACUGGCACUAUCACUGCCCGAGAGCACAGUGGGACUGGAUUCCACCCGUACACGCUGUACACUGUGAAGUACGAGACAGCCCUUAAUGGCGAGAACAGCAGCGGCCUCCAGCAGCUGGCCUAUCAUACCGUGAACCGUCGCUACCGGGAGUUCUUGAAUCUGCAGACCCGCCUGGAGGAGAAACCAGAUCUACGAAAGUUUAUCAAAAAUGUGAAGGGUCCAAAAAAGCUCUUUCCAGAUCUUCCAUUUGGAAACAUGGAUAGUGACAGAGUAGAAGCCCGGAAGAGCCUCCUGGAGUCCUUCCUGAAGCAACUCUGUGCCAUUCCUGAGAUUGCCAACAGCGAAGAGGUGCAGGAGUUCCUUGCUCUAAACACAGAUGCUCGGAUUGCCUUUGUCAAGAAACCCUUCAUGGUCUCUAGGAUAGACAAGAUGGUAGUGAGUGCUAUCGUGGACACCUUGAAGACAGCGUUUCCUCGCUCUGAACCCCAGAGUCCCACAGAGGAGCUGAGUGAAGCAGAGAAUGAAAGCAAGCCUCAGACAGAAGGCAAGAAGGCUAGCAAGUCCAGACUGAGGUUUUCAUCCAGUAAAAUUGCCCCCGCACUGAGUUUAGCUGAGGGACAGGACAAGAUUCUGUACUGCCUCCAGGAAGGGAAUUCGGAGUCAGAAAUCCUGUCCAUGUCUGGGAUGGAAUCUUUCAUUGAAAAGCAGGCAAAGUUACUGAAAAUGCAGCCAACAGAAGUCCCAGAUAAAGAUCCCCAGCAAGUCCCCAAAGAAUAUGUGGAUGGUGGUUUGCUGGACAAAGCGGUGAUAGCCCAAGAGCUCAACAAGAGUGACCCAGGAACAGAGUUAGCUGACACAGCCUUCGAUCUGAUCCUUCUGCUGUUGAUGGAGCAGUGGAGGUGGCUGUGUACUGAAAGCAUGCACAAGUUCCUCCGCAUUAUCUUUGGAACUCUAGUUCAGAGGUGGCUAGAAGUACAGGUGGCUAAUCUGACAUGUCCCCAGCGCUGGGCACAGUACCUCCGUCUCCUUCGGGAAUCUAUCUGGCCUGGUGGAGUCCUGCCCAAGAUUCCACGACCCGGAAGGACUCAGGCACAGAAAGAAGCUACUGAGGAACAGGCUUUGCAGAGCUUGAUGGGUCUCCUUCCAGAUUUUUUAGUAGAAAUCCUGGGGGUGAACAAGUGUCGGCUGAGCUGGAGUCUAGUCUUGGAAUCAUUCCAGCAGCCCCUCAUCAACAGAAAUCAUAGGACAGUCACUGCCUUUGUGGACAAGAGAAUGGAACCACUGAAGGAUGAAGUUCAGCUAGCAAGCAUGUAUCACUACAGAAACAAAAAAUAAGAAAGAAAAGAAUUUCUCAGAAGAGCAUCAGGAGGAAAGCAUUGCUGCAGGCAUCCCCCCACAUCCUGAACCUUACCUGAUCAUCCCCAUUGCACAGAAAACAUUAACAAUCUUUUUAAACCCACCCAGGUUGCUGGAGAGAUGGCUCAAUGAUUGAGUACUAUCCUGCAAAGAACCAGAGAUCAGCUCCCAGCACCCAUGUCAGGCAGCCCACAAACAGCCAGUAACUCUAGCCCCAGGAGAUUGAACAUCACUUUUAGACUACUGGCACGUGCACAUUCUCCUGUCAAGAUAUCCACAUAAACAUAUCAUUUAAAAAUCCAAAAGCAAAAGGGAGUUCAAAUACCAUGAAAGAAACAAAUGAAAUUGGUUAGGACCCAUUCCUGCAGCAAGGUGGCAACAACGAAUGAGCAGAGAUGCUGUGCACACCAAGUCACCUGGCAGGUCCACAGAGCUGUUCCCACUGUAACUGAGGCUUCUGGCUGCCUCCUCAGCACUACUCACCUGAACAAAGACCCAUGGCAACUCUGCCUCUCUGGAGCAGAACAAGAUUAGAGGAAGAGGAUGAGAACAGCUUCUAAUAUGUCCUCACCAAUGUGGCAUUGGAUUUCUCCAAAUAUUUUCUGCUUUCUGCCUUUGCCCCUUACCUGCAGGCAUGUCUACAGAACUAAGUGUUAUAGGUUUUGAAAUGGAAACAGUUGGGGACUGGGAGGUAUAAUAAAUGGGAAAGAAGGAGGAACUGAAUCGAGAUCCAAAUGUAGAGAACAUGACUUGCAUCUUAAGACAUGUCUCUACGUAGACUAGGCUAAUCUUGAACUUCCUCCUUUUUAUUUCCAAAGUGUUGUGAUCAUAAGUACCAACCAAAACCAACCAACUAAAAACCAUCUCCUUAAGUAAGAUUAUCUACUUCACCCAAAGUAGCCCCUGUGGUCAACAAUGUUUGUUUAUAAAAUAGAAGCUAAUUUUAGUAUUAAAGUGUUACAGUGGUAGCCAAUAAAUAAGUCUACAUGUGGAUAAACCACACUGGGGCCUUUCCUGCUGGCUCCAUUACUCAGUGUCUCCACUGCACUUAGAUGUUACAUGCAAGGGAGAAUUGGCUAAUAUUACCCCCAGGAACUUUGAUUCAUGAGGGUAGUUGGGGGAAAACCAAGCUCAGGAGUCUCUCAGAACAAAUAAAGGGACUAACGUGGAACUGGAGAAAUGACUCAGGGGUUAAGAGUGCUUGUUGCUCUUCCAGAAGACGGAGUUCAGUUCCCAGUGCUCUGGUUGGACAGCUGACAACCACCUAGAACUAUAGACCUAAGGGAUCCGAUGACCUCUUCUGGACUCUUGAGAUAACUGCACACACACACACACAAACACACACACACACACACACACAGAGAGAGAGAGAGAGAGAGAGAGAGAGAGAGAGAGAGAAAGAGAGAAAGAGAGAGAGAGAGAAUUAAAAUAAAAUGUUAAAAAGAGAGAGACUCUUUCACAGAAGCUAUGACUUGCCUAUGAGGGUGGGUUUGGAGACCAUACCAGUCCACUGACUCCCUUCACUGUACCCCUUGCGGUGGAGCUGUUCUGUCCUCAUGGCUACUAGAAGAUUAGCCUUGAGGCUGUGUAUAAAGUGCCUGUGUGUCAUAUCAUGCCACCAGGAAAAAUAGAUCUUGCUUAAGGCAGGAAAUCUCUUCUACAAUUCACAGCCUUUAUUAGUGCCACUCCUGUGAAUUCCAAUUGCAGCAACAUGAGAGCAGACUAGCUCCUUCUCCUCGUCAUGUCACGCUUGUGCUGAAACAACCAUCUAUUAUCCUGGAGAACAAUUAUUUCAAGUAGCAAGAAAGUACCUUUCAUUAAGGCUUCCUGGGCCCCUGGAAGGGCCACAGUUUGUGUGAUCGUAGGACUUUUUCCUGGGAGUAGACUCUGAUGGAGAUGGUUGAGGCAGGAAGGUAGGUGAGAAAGCUUUACAGAAAUCUUGAGGUUUGUAUUCUGCCUUAAACAACAUGCUCUUCUCAGAUUCUUUCUAGCCUCUGUCCUCUUUCCUUGUUUUUGUUUCCACUGGGAAGAUUACCUGAUUCCUGGCCACAUUCCAUGUGGGCCUGUGGCUUCCCCCUCCACCUGUCAGGACCAAUUCAUGUCUCAUCUUCUCCAAUAAAGUAUCAUGUAGUCUUACA